UCCAAGAUGGCGGCGCGUCCGUCGCGAGCAGCCGGGCCGGGGGGAAGCCAGCGAAGCCGAGUAAAGCCGCGGCCCGGGAGAGGACGGAAGGAGCUGUUGCCGCCGUUGGCGGCGGCUCAGGCAGUUUUCGCUGCUGCUUCGGCUGUUGCCAUGCGGCGAGGCUAGGGAGGAGCUCACUUCCCCGGGGUGUAAUAAUGUUAACAGAGACCAGUCUGUCCAUAUGGGGAUGGGGAAGCCUUGGCAUUGUCCUUUCUCUAAUAACGUUUGGACCCUUUGUAAUAUUUUAUUUGGCAUUUUAUAUCCUCUGCUUUGUGGGUGGGGGUUUUGUGGUUACUCUCCUCUUUGGAAAAACAAACUCAGAGAAGUACCUAGAGCAGUGUGAACACUCAUUUCUUCCUCCAACAUCAACUGGGAUUCCUAAGUGCUUAGAAGAAAUGAAACGGGAAGCCAGGACUAUAAAGAUCGAUAGAAGAUUGACAGGUGCCAAUAUAAUUGAUGAACCUCUCCAGCAAGUUAUCCAGUUUUCCUUGAGGGAUUAUGUCCAGUAUUGGUAUUAUACACUAAGUGAUGAUGAAUCUUUUCUUCUUGAAAUUAGGCAGGCUCUUCAGAAUGCACUCGUUCAGUUUGCUACUAGGUCAAAAGAAAUAGACUGGCAACCUUACUUUACUACACGCAUUGUAGAUGAUUUUGGCACACACCUACGAGUAUUCAGAAAGGCUCAACAGAAGAUAACAGAGAAAGAUGAUCAAGUAAAAGGUACAGCAGAAGAUCUUGUAGAUACCUUCUUUGAAGUUGAAGUUGAAAUGGAGAAGGACGUUUGCCGUGACCUAGUGUGCACAUCUCCCAAAGAUGAAGAAGGAUUCCUAAGGGAUUUGUGUGAGGUCUUAUUAUAUUUAUUGCUACCUCCUGGAGAUUUCCAGAACAAGAUCAUGCGAUACUUUGUCAGGGAAAUCCUUGCGCGAGGAAUUCUUCUUCCAUUAAUAAAUCAACUCAGUGAUCCUGAUUAUAUUAAUCAAUAUGUCAUAUGGAUGAUCCGUGAUUCUAACUGCAACUAUGAGGCCUUUAUGAACAUUAUUAAAUUGAGUGACAAUAUUGGAGAGCUAGAAGCAGUCCGAGAUAAAGCAGCAGAAGAAUUACAAUAUCUUCGAUCUCUAGAUACAGCUGGUGAUGAUAUCAACACCAUCAAAAAUCAAAUAAAUAGCUUAUUAUUUGUAAAGAAAGUAUGUGACUCAAGAAUACAACGGUUGCAGUCAGGCAAGGAAAUAAAUACUGUGAAACUGGCAGCAAACUUCGGGAAACUUUGCACAGUCCCCCUGGACAGCAUUCUUGUAGACAAUGUUGCACUACAAUUUUUUAUGGAUUACAUGCAACAAACUGGAGGUCAGGCACAUCUCUUCUUCUGGAUGACAGUGGAAGGAUACCGGGUUACAGCCCAGCAACAGCUAGAAGUUUUAUCAAGUCGUCAGAAAGAUGGAAAACAUCAAACCAACCAAACCAAAGGUCUUUUAAGAGCAGCUGCUGUUGGAAUUUAUGAACAGUAUCUAUCAGAAAAGGCAUCUCCAAGAGUUACUGUUGAUGAUUAUUUGGUAGCAAAAUUAGCAGAUACUUUGAAUCAUGAAGAUCCAACUCCUGAAAUCUUUGAUGACAUUCAAAGGAAGGUAUAUGAAUUGAUGCUACGAGAUGAAAGAUUUUAUCCUUCCUUCAGACAGAAUGCACUUUAUGUGCGCAUGUUAGCUGAGCUGGAUAUGUUAAAAGAUCCUAGUUUCAGAGGAUCAGAUGAUGGUGAUGGAGAAUCUUUUAAUGGGUCUCCUACAGGAAGCAUAAAUUUGUCUUUAGAUGACCUUUCAAAUGUAUCUUCUGAUGACUCAGUACAACUUCAUGCUUACAUUUCAGACACUGUAUAUGCUGACUAUGACCCAUAUGCUGUGGCAGGCGUUUGUAAUGAUCAUGGCAAGACGUACGCAUUAUAUGCCAUCACUGUGCACCGGCGCAGUCUAAACAGUGAGGAGAUGUGGAAAACCUACCGUCGUUAUAGUGACUUCCACGACUUCCACAUGAGGAUCACCGAACAGUUUGAAAAUCUGUCAAGCAUAUUAAAGCUUCCCGGUAAAAAGACUUUUAAUAAUAUGGAUAGAGAUUUUUUAGAAAAGAGAAAGAAGGAUCUAAAUGCAUAUUUGCAGUUACUGUUAACUCCUGAAAUGAUGAAAGCAUCCCCAGCUUUGGCUCACUAUGUGUAUGAUUUCCUUGAGAACAAAGCCUACAGUAAAGGGAAAGGGGAUUUUGCUCGCAAGAUGGACACUUUUGUAAAUCCGCUUCGAAAUUCUAUGAGGAAUGUUUCAAAUGCAGUUAAAUCCCUUCCUGAUAGCUUGGCAGAGGGAAUGACUAAAAUGUCAGACAACAUGGGCAAAAUGUCAGAAAGAUUAGGUCAAGACAUAAGGCAAUCAUUUUUCAAGGUUCCUCCUUUAAUUCCGAAGACUGAUUCAGAUCCUGAACACUGUCGAGUUUCAGCUCAACUUGAUGAUACUGUGGAUGACAAUAUUCCACUUAGGGUAAUGCUGCUUCUCAUGGAUGAAGUAUUCGACUUAAAAGAGAGAAAUCAGUGGUUGCGAAGGAAUAUCAAAAACCUACUUCAGCAGCUUAUUAGAGCCACAUAUGGUGAUACUAUUAAUAGAAAAAUAGUUGACCAUGUUGACUGGAUGACCUCACCUGAGCAAGUAGCCGACUUAGUGAAACGUUUCAGAGAUGCCUUUUGGCCAAAUGGCAUUUUAGCAGAGACUGUUCCAUGCAGAGAUAAAGCUAUUCGAAUGAGAACAAGAGUUGCAGGAAAAACUAAAUUACUUUCAAUUAUGCCAGAUGAACUGAAGCACAUUAUUGGGGCUGAGACAACACGGAAAGGUAUUCUUCGUGUUUUUGAAAUGUUUCAGCACAACCAGUUAAAUAGGAGGAUGGUUUAUGUCUUUUUGGAAGGCUUUUUGGAAACCUUAUUUCCACAGUAUAAAUUCCGUGAACUUUUCAACAGACUGCAUUCACGGUCAAAGCAGAUGCAGAAAUAUAAACAGAAACUUCAAACUACUCAAGCGCCUUCUUUACAGAAAAGGUGACACUCCAAUCUGUGAAGCUGGUGUUCGUUUUGUCCAGGACUGAUGGUAUGGACGGAUCUUCUGGGGCUUAACUCAUAUACUGUUGUGUCUGCACCAGUCUUUUAGUGUCUCAAAAUAGAUUAUUAAUACAUCCACAAGACUGUGGUUCUUCUCAUCCUUGUCUAUUAUCCAGCCACUACCAAGAGAGAUUUCUGUGUCUUAAAUGAUUUGGUGCAUAUUUUUGCAACACUGAGAGGAUACUGCCCCCAUCUCAAGCAAGAAUGACGUUGGUCUCUUCCGUUUCAAACUAAUCAGCAUUCUCCAGCAAUGACAAAGUGCCAGAGUGUAUAUAUGAGAGCUAAGGAAAGCACAAAACAAGAGUUCACAGAUAAAUUGGCUGAUUUGUUUAACAGUGGGAAACUGUGCAAUGUACUAUAUGGAGGGAUUUGUUUUGCAUAAUGAUUUUAUAGGCCUUUUUCAGAAUUUUGAUAUAGUGUAGAUAGCCAGGUGAGUGAUCUUUGGAACAUCUGUUUCAGGUCUAGGGAAAGUGACAGAAUGCCCUUAAAGUAUGAAGUAACAUUAUAUCCAAAUUACAGUUUUGUGACAUAAGGUAAAAACCUAGUAUAAAAUAGAACCAGUCAAAACAAAAAUUUCAUUGGAUUUGUUAUUCAUUGGUAGAAAACAGAUUUUAAUUGAUUCUUAUGUGUCUUAAGGGCUCUAUUUUGCUCUUAUGGUACUCAGUCAUAAGCUUUAUUUUGGCAUUCUGUGUGUAAAAAGAAGCAUAUGAUGGCUCUUAUUUAAGUUUCGAAAUUAUUACAGUUUUCUUUAUCUUUAAGAGAUUACUGAUUAUAUAAUAGGGGCUAUAAUUUGUUGAAAGAA